AUGAGAAUCCCUUGAUGGCAGAAUGAGACUUUCUAGUCCAGUCUGUGCAUGCUCCGUGGGGUCAGAUACGCGCUCUGAGAUGUUAAACUCUCACCUCCUCUUCCUGCCUCCCCUCUGGUGGGUGCGAGACCCUGUGACCUUUCCACCUGCAGCAGGUCGGAUGAGUCUGAUCCCUUUCUCCUCCUCAGCUCCGCGUCAACAAUAACAAAAAUAAAUAAAUAAAUAAGAGAGAGAGACGCGGCGCAAAUAAGCGAACCUGUCGACGUCCUUCAGCGCAUCUGUGGCCACAGCUCUAAUUAUCUGCCCACGCCAGGAUGCGCCGCGCCGCGCCGCUUCGCCAAAGCAGAGCAAUGUUUCCGCCUGCUUGUCAUUACCGCUCUCUUGACUGCUGGAUGCGGACGCGCCGCCGCCGCCUCAGCUCGCCCGCCGCGCAAGUUCUUCCACCGUGCGCCUCCGUGUUUCGAAACACUGUUCAGGUGUGAUCUUCUCCCUUUCUCCCAUCUCGCCGCCCCUGCAGGAAGUGUCUGUAUACUGUACAUUACUAUGCGAGCAGAGGGGCUGGAGGUCGGCGCAGCCCGGGACUGAUCGCUCUCUUGACACCGCGCGCCUCUUCCUCUUCCUCGGACGCGUCUUGGAGGUACAAAAGCUGCUGCUCCGGAUCUCCUUGGUAGUGCCAUGUCCGCGCGAAAGACGUCGUUGACGGACAAGCAGGCUAAAAACGGCACGUCAAAAUAUGUGUUGGAGAGAUGCGCCUCCAUCAACGAGUACUAUGAUGUUGCCUUCAAGGUGAUGCUGCUCGGAGACUCUGCGGUGGGGAAGACGUGCAUCUUGGUGCGCUUUAAAGACGGCGCGUUUCUGGGAGGAAACUUUAUAGCCACCGUCGGAAUAGACUUUAGGAAUAAAGUGGUGGAAGUUGACAACCUGAAAGUCAAGCUGCAGAUCUGGGACACAGCUGGUCAGGAGAGAUUCCGCAGCGUAACGCACGCCUACUACAGAGAUGCCCAGGCGUUACUUCUACUUUAUGAUAUCACCAACAAGCCAUCUUUUGACAACAUCAGGGCUUGGCUGACUGAAAUAUUCGACUAUGCCCAGAAGGAUGUGGUCAUCAUGUUGCUCGGCAACAAGUCAGACAUGGCUGCAGAGAGGGUGGUGAAGACGGAGGAAGGAGAGAAGCUGGCCAAGGAAUACGGAGUGCCGUUUAUGGAGACCAGUGCGAAGACGGGGGUCAACGUGGAGCUGGCUUUUCUCGCAAUAGCAAAGGAGCUGAAGCACAGAGCGACGCAGCUGCCAAAUGAGCCCAAGUUCAAGCUUCACGACUACAUCGAAUCUCAGAAGCACAAGUCUGGCUGCUGCAGGCUCGGGUAGCAGACGCCGAACGCCACGCAGAGAGACGGAUAAAGGGUAGAGAAAGGAUGGAAGGAGGAAGGGAGGGAGGGAGGGAUUGAAGAUGGGGUCAAGGUAAAAAGAAUAAAGAUAAAAUGUCAGCUCUCUCUUAUGAAAAGCCAAUCCAAGCAACCAUACCCCCCACCCCCAACACACACAACCCCUCCCGAGAGGCGGAUGUUCUUCUGCGCAGAGCUUUUGGCUGAGUGGAAGCGAAUCUGGACUUACUGCCAUCCCUUUGCUGAAAUGUGAAUUUAAAUAGUUUGUGUAAUGUGUAGAAACGUUCGUGGUCUUUGUGGUGACAGUUGUAUCCGAGUACAAAUCAGGAGUAACAAUCUGAAAUGCUAUACCCGUCUGCAGGGACUCCCUUGACAAGCGGCAGGUUUUCAUGGACCAUCAAAGCGACUGUUGAUGUGGAUAUAGCAUUUUAUUUUUAUUUUUUUCUCUCUGUGUGAACUGAACCCCAUCCUUCUGGCCUUACAGUCUCCAUCUUCAGUCGAGAGCUCACAGUCAGGUUGUAGCUAAAUGGCCUACAUCUGUUCACAUCUGUACUGCUGUUAGGUAGAAUAAAGCCAAUAUUUUGAGGGUAAUUACCAACCUCGUGUCUGUCUGUACGUUCAUGUCGAGAUGCUGUAGGUGUACCGUUCCAGUUACAACUUCAUGGAUGUUAAUGUCACAUUUAUUUAGGCAUUUAAUUAUAUUUUUAAACGUACUUUUUUCUUCGUGUGCCGCUUUUCCAACAUUAAACUUCAAUGAUUUUUCCAGAAAAGAACCAGAAGUUUAAUCUACGGUCGUUCUCCAACUCACAGGGCGUCGAAUUGGUCAUUCAACACUGGGGAAGACUUAAGUUUGAUGGUGUCAAAUUUUAGUCUACAAUAAGUUUUCAAUACAAUUAAGUUAUUGGUUUCUAGAAAAUGCUAGUUUUAGUGGUUAAAUAUUCCUAAGCGCCAUAAAUGAGCUUCCUGUAUAAUUCUGGCUUAACAUACGUCUUCUUUUCUUAGCAGAACGAGCGCAGUUCAGUAAAAUGGUUGGUUUCUCAGGGCAAGCCCAGCAGAGGGACACAAACUGUACAUUUUCAACCUACUUCUUUAGGUGAAGGUAAUUCAAGAAUAUUCAUAAUAGCCAGCUUUAUCCAUUUAAAAUCCAGUUUUAUCGUGAGUGUUGGAUCGUUGUCCUGUUUGAACACCAAACUGUUAGUAAUAUUCGACCAUCUAGUUGUUGACUUUUAAGUAAAGUUGAGGAGUUUGGGGUUAGUCCUCCGUAAUUAUUCCCUGGACUCAAGUUAAAAAUCAUGUAAUUUCCUCCAUUUUGUUCACUGGAUUGCCUAGUUGCACUCGUAGUGUAAGGGAACCCUACAGAGUCAAUUUGCAAGCAAACUGAGACUGAUGAUUUUGUGUUUUGUUGCUCACCUUCUUGGUCCACACCAGAGUCUCCCAUUAAACUAUCCAUUGAAACGAACUCUGGUCCGUUUUCAGUGUACCAAACAGUGAAAGCGCCAGAGUGAGCUCAAUGUUUGCCCCAUCUGACUAUAAAUCUGAAACGAUGCUUAAAGUCUGAAGGCCUCGUGAAGAGUGAUGCCCUCAAGCCUCCGUGUUCCCUGGGUUGUUUAUUAACGUCCAAAUGAAUUUGGAUCAAGUGGUUUGAAACUCGGGCAGAACUUGUGAUCCAACAGGACAAUGAUCUCAAACACACACACCAAAAAAAAAAAAAAACUGGGUCAGUGUCAGUAAACCGAUCAAGUUAAGUGAACUCUACUUAUUCUGCUUUGAAGAGCAUUCAGAUAUUCCACCUUACGUUAUAUGUUGCACUGUCAGUCGAUUCUGUAAGAACAGUUUCAAAGAAAUCCUUAAAAGUGAAAGCUUACUGGGACGUUCAUACAAACGUCUUACUGGUGCUGUAGUUUCACCCCAUAUGAAUAAUGAUAAUAAUAAAAACAUACUCAUACAGAUUCCUACACGCCCCCCAAGCAUUAUUGUGUCUCUUCUAAUGAUGGAUGUUGUUGUUGAGGCUGUGCCAAGCUGUAUUUGUUGAUGCACCACAUUCUGUAUUACUUUGUACUCUGUUCAUUAUGAAUGUUUGGUUGUCUCUCCCUCCUCGGAGGCGUCACAGUGAUCACAAAGUGCCAUUAAAGUGCUUUGUUAUCGUACGAAAGAUAUAAAAAGUAUAUUUUGUAAUGUA